AUGCCAAUAUCGAGUCAACCACCCCCAAUGAAUCCCACUGUAGAGGAAAUGCAAGACAAGAGUGAACCCAGUUCUGCAGGCGGCAACGUCAACGCCGCUGCGCAGCAAUUGUCGUGGGCUGAGGUUUGCGCUCAGCACGAGUUUCUGUUGGAAUCACACCUCAAGUUGCUACGGCAGGUCCAGGGUGAAGUUCCGUCCAAUGGCGAUGCAUCGCGGUUGGUGUCCAACAUGUUGGAGCGGACGAAGAAAUUGGUGAUGCAAUUUAAGGUCAUCAAAGGCAGAUUCGGUCCCAAAGCUUCCGUCGCUGGGAGAGGGUCGCAACCGGCGUCUAGCUCGGACCCUACAACUUCUCGCUCGACAAGUGAUUCGUCUGGAAAUGGCAGCCGGCCGAGAGUUCGAAUGAAAAGAGCACGCGCAGACGAGAGCGAGCUGGACUCGGAAGGAAUUACUGCAGUACCUGCUGCUGUUGAUCAAUCUGUUCUUUCGGAUCACACCCGCUUCCAGAAACGCAAGCGCUUGAUGAAGGUACUGCCUGGGGAUGAGGACGUUCGGAAUGUAAAUCCGAUAUCAAUUGAUACAGAGGACAUCUCUGAAGAAGUUCAGCGAAGGCUGGCAAUUCGAGAAGAGUACCGGAGAAAACGGGGUAGUACUAAGGCCGAGAAACGGAAGAGGGACAGUCUGACAUCAACCGGCAGUGCACCGUCUCCCCGGACCGGUGCUGUUACGAGUCAGCCCCGGAAAAAGAUCAGAACAGGGGCAACUCGAGACCACUGAUAUCAAUGGAUGGUCAGUGUCCACGUAAUAUCAUGUCCAGCCUUGCCUUUUCAACAGUAUUCAAGUGACCCCCAAGACUCGAAUGGUGAAGGUUCCGCUGUCAAGCUCUGCUUCCAUAAAUGGCACGGAAAUUGAGCUGAAGAAGUCAGCAAAGAUUAAAACCGUACCUGAGAGUCUAACCCUGAUUUUUCUGCGGCUGCUGUCUUGGUGAUUGGCCCAAGCAGAAUUCAAGUGGCAGCAGGCUUUACCCCCAUGGUACACCUCCAGAUACUGCUAAGCUUUCUGCGGUGCUACUGAGUGGUCUGAGUAGCGUUGAGAUGGUACCCAUUAGGGAAUGCUGUCACAAUCUCGACGUCCUGGAAAGAGUCCCUGUAGGUCGUCAUGACGUCCAGGAGCAAGGCCGCUGGGGUACAACUCCUGUCCUUCUCCCGGUUCCCCUCCGGGGCCUUCUCUCUCUUCUCCUUUCUCUCUCCAGAC